AUGACUCAGAUUAUUGCGAAACAUCGUAUAAGAACGUGUAAGUGUUCGUGUCGCCCUUGUUAUAAACUCCCAGCCUUGUUGGUUUCACCUUUAUCAUUGCCUGCCAUAGGAGCUUGAAAUCAACUCUACUUAUCAUUAGAUGCUCGUGAACAGAGAAGUAUUGACUGCACAUAUAACCGUCAUGGCACAUAGACAAGAAAACCAUUUCAGGAGACCUCUGACAUACCUUUUCUUACUGUUGAUCAUUGAAGUUGCAGCGGGACAGCGCAGUGUUAAUAACAAAGGGGAUUGCUCUCAAAAUGAAUACUGGAGUGGAGAUGGAUUCUGUUGUGACAAAUGUAAUCCAGGGUAUAGGUUAAUAAAGAAAUGCUCUAGUGGAGUGAAAUCUACAUGUAAAAUAUGUAUGGAAGGGACCUACCAAGACAAGAUGAACUAUUUCUCAAACUGCUUCAGAUGCCAGAAAUGCGUCAAGCCUAGCAGACCUCGGGCAAAGGAGAUUUCAUCAUGUACAUCAACAAGUAACACAGUUUGUGGAUGUGAGCCUGGAUACAUCCUGAGAAAACUUGAUAUCGUAACAUGGGAUUGUGUCCCUAAAAAGAGCAGAGGUUUAUCCAAAGAGUACAAGUAGCACAAUGAAGCAAUUCAUCCUGAAGAGAAGUGAAGAGAAGAUACAAAGUUUCAUUAGAGAUGUGUUAUAAUGUAUUAUGUGUAAAAUACUGGUUUAAUAUAAUACUGGUAAAAUACUGUUUACAAUACAAUGUAACAUGCUUGUACAUGCAUGUGUUAUUUUCUAAACAAAUAUAUUUAUUUUAUUUUUUAGGAUUUUUCAUUUACAUUUUCUAAUUUGGUUAAUGUUAAACUAUAUUAGUUUAUCAGUAUAAUUUAAGAAAACACAUUUUUUACCCGACAUAAUUUUGUAACAACAACACUCUUGCAAAGUUCUUGUCUUAUUGGUUUGUAUUACUUAUUUUAUCAUUGAGAUUGAUAUUUUUUAUUAUUCAGAUUGUUGUUUAUUUUUGUACAAUACAGUAUUUUAAGCAUGUUUAAUACUUUUUGACAAUGCCAUUGUAAACUUGUGUCUCUAAUGAGAC